GGUGUUGCAUCUCAUUUGUGUGAUUUUUUGAAAUUACCAAUUUGCAGUGGGGUAGGUGAGGAUAAAAACGAGAAGUCUAGAAACUAAUAAAAAAAUUUCUUAUUUUCUUUUUUCUUUUUUCCCUCCCCAUUUAUAAAUCACAAUUUUCUAUAUAACAUACAAAAUCCCACGUCGUCAACAAUAUUCAGCCAUCACACACUCUCACUAACACACACUCUCUCUCUCUCUACUUUCUCUGUCAAAGGGGUGCUCUGAGAACAAUGGUGAAGGCUGUCGCAGUCCUUAACAGCAGUGAGGGUGUUAAAGGGACUAUCUUCUUUACCCAAGAAGCAGAUGGUCCAACCACUGUAACUGGAAGCAUAUCUGGCCUUAAGCCAGGACUUCAUGGUUUCCAUGUUCAUGCCCUUGGAGACACAACAAAUGGUUGCAUGUCAACUGGACCACAUUUUAAUCCUGCUGGCAAAGAGCAUGGUGCCCCUGAGGAUGGGAAUCGUCAUGCUGGUGAUUUGGGAAAUGUCAAUGUCGGUGAUGAUGGCACUGUUAACUUCACAAUUGUUGACAAGCAGAUUCCUCUUACUGGUCCACAUUCCAUUGUAGGAAGGGCAGUCGUUGUACAUGCUGAUCCUGAUGAUCUUGGCAAGGGAGGACAUGAACUUAGCAAAUCAACUGGAAAUGCUGGUGGCAGAGUAGCAUGUGGAGUUAUUGGCUUGCAAGGUUAAACUGCUGCUCAAGACAACCAUAAUAAAAACAAGGCAGCUGAAACAUAUAUUUGCCAGACAGCUUUAGAAGAUGAUCAUAGACAGGAAUGCUUAUUGAAUAAAAGACUAAACUCUGUUAUUGUACUUUUGGCUGGUUUUGGUUGCAUGAUUUAAGAUGUUGUAUGCUUUGUUUGCCUGUUGAUGUAAACUCUUUCCGCAUAGUUCGAUUGGCUCUCUUUUUGUUUGAUUCAAA